CGCCAGGUACUAGUGUAUCUGAAGUCUAACGCCUAUUACCAGGUUUUCCCCCAAUCGCCUUUCCUCCACCAACCUUCCCUCUUAUUCUUCAACUAACCACCCACCUCUCUCGUCUCUUUCUCCUAUCAACCACCACCACCACCACUGCCAUCCAUCACAAUCAGUUUAAACCAUCUCUGUGCCUCACGACGGAAAUUGGUUCUAUCGUUCACUAACUUCAUUUAGCAUCUGUCCUUGAUACCAGGAGAUCUGGCCGCCACCAACUUCCAUUCCCACCAUUCAUCCUAUCCAUUGACUGCCAUCUUCAUUUUGUCCAUCACUUUCUGACCUUUCAAUAUCUCCAGUCUCGUUCCUCCCCUGAGCGAGCCUUGUUUUCUGACAUGACACUGCCACCUCCGCUGCUGGUUUUCUCUUCCCAUAUCCUGUCAACUCUUUGCCUCUUUGCCUCCCUCCAUCUGACCAAUAUGAGCCAUUCUGCUACCGCCUUGGAUGAGCCCUAUUUCCAAUUGAUAUCGACAUCUUCAACCUCCCAAAGCCGCUAUCUCCAGCUCUUUCCCAACUUUCAUCUCGGAUCCUUUCCAAGUUGCCAUCUCGAAUCCCCCCCAAACUGACAUCUCCAACUUUGAACUCCCAUCCAUCUCACUUUUCCUUCUCCACCCACCUUUCUUUUCGAGCUGCCAUAUCCAAGCUGACAUGUCCCAACCAAACCAUUGCCGUGUCCCGGACCAAUGCCAUGUUGACGCCCAUCCUGCUGACUGAAAUCUGACACUUCCAACGGCAACUCCACAACUUGCCAAAGCUCCAGCAACGCUCUGCCUUCACUAUCUUCUCUCUCCUCUCUCUUUCAUUCCCACUGCACUAACUAUUCCUGCCCGAGGUCCAAGUGGGCUCGACGGCAUGCAGACCAACCGCCGCUCAACAACAGGGGCUGAAGGGUCAACGGAGCCAACGACACUAUCAGCGGGUGGGCAGGGCGGGCCACCACUUUCGGCACUUUUCGACUUGUGAGGGUUCGAGAGGAGGAUCAGAAAGAGUGCCCGGCCGAAAGGCCGGGGGGGAAAGAUGGUGAAAAUUUGGGUUUUACGGGAAGGGAUGCUGGCCCUAUGGCGAUGGGAAUGGGUCGACACACACUCAACG